AUUGAUUGAUAGGUUAAGCGUAGACUGAACUGGGAUUCCGGUGCUGACAGUCAACCGCAGACUCAGCCCAAUGUGAGCGCAAUAAAGUUCGCCUCAAAAGUCAUUUUCAAAGCGCCGUCACUACCAAAAGUGCGGCCAGUUGUGGCCAACUUUGGUGUUGUCACCACCACUGCCCCCACCAUACCGACAACACCGCCACCAAAGCCCAUAACUAUAACCAAAUAUACCAUAAAAAGUCCGCAAACGCCCGUUGAGUCCGAGGAUGCGGUCACGCCUUCAAAAGGAAAGCAUCGCUACGAGACCUCAUUGGGACAGUUGACCCGCAAGUUCAUCAGUUUGCUUCAGAACGCAUCCGAUGGUAUCCUGAAUCUGAACGAAGCGUCGACUGUAUUACAAGUCCAGAAGCGCCGCAUCUAUGAUAUCACGAACGUCUUGGAAGGCGUGGGACUUCUGCACAAGACAUCCAAAAACAAUAUUCAAUGGAAAGGCGGUUCAAUAGACGGC